CUGUAUUUUGAUUGGUAUUUUCGGGUUUGUUUUGCUGCUCCGUCACUUCCCUUGUGGUUGCAUACACUUCCUGGAGAUGAUAUAGCAGUCUGUGAAGUAGCAGUUGCUAUUGUUGAUCAGUAUUGCUUAAGUUGCACAAUUCAUAGUUUGCAAAUAUGUUUUCAUUCAAUAUGUUUGACCAUCCGAUGCCUCGGGCCUUCCAGAAUCGCUUCUCUACACAGUACCGCUGCUACUCUGUGUCCAUGCUCGCGGGGCCUAAUGACAGAUCAGACGUGGAGAAGGGAGGAAAAAUAAUAAUGCCUCCUUCAGCACUGGACCAGUUAAGCAGGUUGAACAUCACAUAUCCCAUGCUGUUCAAACUGACCAAUAAGAACUCAGACAGGAUGACACACUGUGGAGUGCUCGAAUUUGUGGCUGAUGAGGGGAUCUGCUACCUGCCGCAUUGGAUGAUGCAGAACCUGCUGCUGGAGGAAGGGGGAUUGGUACAGGUGGAGAGUGUGAACCUGAUGGUGGCCACCUACUCCAAGUUCCAGCCACAGAGCCCUGACUUCCUGGACAUCACAAAUCCUAAAGCAGUGUUAGAAAAUGCUCUGAGAAACUUUGCCUGUUUGACAACCGGUGAUGUGAUUGCUAUAAACUACAAUGAAAAGAUCUAUGAGCUCCGAGUUAUGGAAACGAAACCUGACAAAGCUGUAUCAAUUAUUGAGUGUGACAUGAACGUGGAUUUUGAUGCCCCACUGGGAUACAAAGAACCAGAGAGACAUUCACAUCAUCAUGAGGAACCUGCGGAGGAAGACACAGAUCCAAGCAACUAUGAGAUGGACCUAGGUUUCAGAGCCUUUACAGGAUCAGGCAACCGUCUGGAUGGGAAGACGAAAGGCAUCGAGCCCAGCCCUGCCCCCAUUGACCCCAGUGACAUCAAACGUGGGAUCCCCAACUAUGAGUUCAAACUCGGUCGCAUCACAUUCAUGAGGAACUACCGGCCACAGGCACGCAGAAUAGAGGAAGACGACGCAGGAAACAAUUUUAUUGCGUUCUCUGGAGAAGGCCAGUCUCUGCGCAAGAAAGGUCGCAAGCCGUGAACAACAGACCAAACAAUGCUCAAGUCGUUACAAAUAAACAAACAAGCAAAGCUGAUUUGGAUCCAUUUGCUUUUUCUCUUUCUUUACACUCUCCUUCCAGAACUGAUGUUUUUUUUUUUUUUUUCUCAGAUAUGAGUGAGUGAAAGAACAAGGCAUUGUGUAAAUGCUUUUCUUUACGGUGGGGGUGACUUCUUGAAUUUGUAUAGAAUAAUUAAGUGUGGAUAUGGAGAAACUCUUUCAAACCAUUGGUGUUGGUCAUUUGUAAGACCAACAUAAAACAAAUGUUAAUUUAUAACAUUCAUUUAAAGAAUUUCAAUAAAUUGUUUCCUCUAGUAA